AGAAGAGUUCGUUUCUGCUUCCACACCACGACUUCCCGGAGCUGACACGUGCUGUCUUUCCUUCCCCCUAUUUCUCUAUUUCUCCUCGAGUCUCCCAAACCGCACUGUCGUGACGGUAAAACAUUACAGGUGCAAUUUCAACCAUUGAACACGAGAGGGCGUCUCAAUUGCGACUCGGAGACUCGGAAACCCGCAAUCCUCACUUCUUCACCCUCAACACGCGCCUCCCGCAUUUUUAAAGUUUUGGAUUUAAACACCGUAACAAAGAAGUAACCAUGGCGGGCGGCUCCGAGCCCUUCCCGCCUCUCAGCAUGGCGGCCAAUCGCCAAUUCCAAUCUACGACGCCAGACAGUAAUGCGCCUCGCCGCCGAAGAAAGUCGAGCAUCCUCGGCAGCGAAUUGCGACUCGGCGACACAGGCGCGCCUUCAAUAGCAACGGGCAUUGCCCAUCUCAGCGGAUCCAAGGAGCCAGUACUAAGCCCCGGUACACCCUCGAAGCGUUUUUCCAAGCGCCGGAAAGCCCGAUCCGCCCUCCGCCGCGCGAAGAACAUCGCCGUCAAGCACACUUGGGUACUGCCGCUAGCCAUCCUAUUCGCCUUCCUGUUGCUAUACGCCGUCAACCCGACCGAGUCCAACCCAAUCCACCAUUUCAUAUUCCUCUCGUACAGGCUGCCCGUGUCGAACCCCGACGAGCUCCCGCAGUAUGGCAAGGGCCUCUGGGACAUCGCCUUCGUCUCCUUCUACACCGUCGUGCUCUCUUUCACCCGCGAGUUCAUCAUGCAAGAGAUCCUGCGCCCCAUGGCCCGUUACGCUGGGCUCAAGUCACGCGGAAAGCAGGCCCGCUACAUGGAGCAGAUGUACACGGCCCUCUACUUUGGCAUCCUGGGGCCCACCGGCAUGUACGUCAUGAGCCGCACUCCCGUGUGGUACUUCAACACCCGCGGCAUGUACGAGAACUUCCCGCACCAGACCCACGACGCCGUCUUCAAGUUUUACUACCUUUUCCAGGCCGCCUACUGGGCUCAGCAGGCCAUCGUGCUGCUGUUGGGUAUGGAGAAGCCGCGCAAGGACUUCAAGGAGCUGGUCGGCCACCACAUCGUCAGCCUGGCCCUGAUCGGCCUAAGCUACCGCUUCCACUUCACCUACAUGGGGCUGGCUGUGUACAUCACCCACGACAUUUCCGACUUUUUCCUUGCCACCUCCAAAACGCUCAACUACCUGGACCACUGGCUGACGGGCCCCUACUACUUCACCUUCAUGUGCGUGUGGAUCUACCUGCGCCACUACCUCAACCUGCGCAUCCUCUUCAGUCUCUUCACCGAGUUCAAGACGGUCGGGCCCUACGGGCUCGACUGGGAGACUCAGCAGUACAAGGGCACCCUGUCUUUUGUCAUCACACUCGGCCUACUCAGCUCGCUGCAAGCCCUCAACCUGUUCUGGCUCUUCUUUAUCCUGCGGAUUGCCUACCGCUUUGCCGUCCACAAUGUUGCCAAGGAUGACCGCAGCGACGCCGAGGAGUCAGAGCUGGAGGAGGACGUGAAUGGCAAGGCUGCGGCCGUGGCGAAUGGGACGGCCAAGAGUUGCGCCGCCACCGCUGCUGUUGAUACUGCCGCUGCUACUAACGGCGCGGCGAAGAAGCGCAAGUAGAGUGGCAGGCUUCGGGCGUCGCCUUUUUUUGUACAAAUCUGUUUGGAUUAGAUGGGGGACAGUGUAUGGAGAAGGAUGACAGCAUAUCUCUCGCUUAUUUAC